AUGCAUGCAGUACCUUCCUUACAUAAGCAUCAUCAGCAGCUGCUGCAGCAGCAGCAGCUGCAACUGCAACAACAGCAGCAGCAAUUGCUGCAGCAGCAACUCCUGCAGAAGCAACAGGAGGAAGAACAGAAAAAAGAACGAGAAAAAGAGAGACAACGGCUGCAGCAACAGCUCCAACAGCAGCAACAGCAACAGCAGCAGCAGCAGCAGCAGCAGCAGCAAAGACAAACGGCUGCUUCCCCUAAGGUCUUUCUGCUAGGGGCUAUGAGUCCCCGUGAUGGUCUUGCUGCCGAUGAUGCUGCUGAUGCUGCUGCUGCUGCUGCUGCUGCCUCUCUUGAGCAGUCGCACCUGCUGCUGCCGCACCUGCAGCAGCAGCAGCAGCAGCAGCAGCAGCAGCAAGGAGCAGCAACAGCAGACAUGUUGAAGCCAUUUCAAGUUAUCUUUCGCGUAAAUCCACACGAGCAGCAGCAGCAACUGCAGCAGCAGAUGCUGCAGCAACUGCAGCAGCAGCAGCACGAGCAGCUGCUACAGCAGCAGCAGCUGUUAGCACCUAACUGGACAUCACCCGUCAGGGUUGUCUUCCGACUCGAUCCUAAUCAGCAGCAGCAGCAGCAGCAGCAGCAGCAACUGCUGCAGCAGCAACUGCAACAGCAGCAGCAGCAGCAUCUGCAGCAGCAGCAUCUGCAGCAGCAGCAUCUGCAGCAACAGCAGCAGCAACUGCAGCAGCAACUGCGACAACAGCAAACUCAGCAGCAGAUGCUGCAGAAGCUGCAACAAUUACAGCCGCGUGAACAGCAGCAACAGCAGCAACUGCAGCAGCUGCUGCAGCAGCUGCAGCAGCAGCAGCAGCAGCAAGAAGACGAAAGUAUAGGUGGAUCUGUGUGUAGAUUAGAGAAGUUGCUGCUGCUGCUGCAGCAGCAAGACACAAAUAGUUUGCAUGCAGGAGGAUUAGUAUGGUGCAGCAAAAGGAGACACUUUCCUGUCUCCUUUUCUUCUUUGCUGCAGCAAUUGUCUCCUCUUGCUACCCUUAAGGCAGACAGCAGCAGGACUCUUACCUUAGUAUCUAUUAAUUCUCCUACUGAUCCUGCUGCUGCUGCUGCUGCUGCUGCUGGAGGUGGUGAUACCAGCAGCAGCAGCAGCAGCAGCAGCAGCAGCAGCAGCAGCAGAUUGUAUGUAAUGGAGACGAUCCUUAAGAAGGAGUUGAUCGAUCCUGCUGCAUACAUCGAGUGUCUCCUUGGCUAUGCAUACACUGCAGCACCAGCAGCAGCAGCAGCACCAGCAGCAGCAGCAGCAACACCAGCAGCAGCAGCAGCAGCAACAGCAACAGGAGACAAGCAGCCCUCCGGUAUCAAAGGCCCACCGAAGAAGAACAGCAGCAGCAGCAGCAGCAGCAGCAGCAGCAAAGACAGCAGUACCAACAAGAGCACCAACAACAACAACAGCAACAGCAGCAACAGCAGCAGCAGCAGCAGCAGCAGCAGGAAGGAGGAGCUCGUGUCUCCUUUCCUCAAGAAAUAUAUACAAAAAGAGACACCUGCAGCAGCAGCAGCAGCAGCAGGAGAUGAAGAUGCAUCAGCAGCAGCAGCAGCAGCAGCAGCAGCAAUUGCUGCAGCAGCAGCAGCAGAUAUGUGGCGUAUAGAGGAUCAGUACAAGGGUUUAAUCCUUUUUGUGGAUAUCCCUCAAUACAUUCAUCAAUAUCUAUACAUUGAGGAAGUGUCUCCUCCUGCUGCCUAA